UUGAACCUGGAAGCACAAGCACCCUGUCCAGUCUUUUCACAAAGAACAGAGAGACCUUUCCAAGGCCAAUACUUCGUGAUGAAGUCUGAAACACUUAUUCACCAACACCCCCCGACUCCGCCCAAUCUCAACGUCGACCUGCAAUCUGGCUUCCAUCAUCUAGCACAAUACAAUGCCGGCCGCAGAUUCUCGUAUGAAGAAACCAAUGGGUAUGGGGCUGGAUACGCUUCCCCCGGCUCGAUCACACACGAUGGACUUCCCCGGGAUAUACACUACGAUGGGUACAACCAGACCACAGGGUAUUUCCAAGAUGGUCAAGGUAACGGAUAUACGAGUAAUCACGCCAUCUUUUCCGGUUCACCGCCUACCCCGCGAUCUGCAACGGAGAUCGAUGAUGCCGGACGGCGGACCAGAAGUGGUCGAACAGCGGUACCUUCUACUUCACCCAAGAAUCGUGAACCGCCGAGACCGAAACUCGCUCCGAAGUCCAGAAAGGCCAAGGCCACGAAGAGUGAAAAGCCCAAAACCCCCAAGUUGACAGCACCCCUGAGUGAAUUGACGAAAGGGAUGACUUCCAUUCCAGUCCGCAACAUGGAGGAAUGGGUAAACCGUUCAACAGAGACGAGACUAAGAGAGGUCGAAAAGCGAAAUGGCUACGUGACCAGACCGAUGAACUCAUUCAUGCUUUAUCGGUCGGCGUUCGCUGAGAGAACAAAACAGUGGUGUCUGCAAAACAACCACCAAGUGGUAUCUUCGGUUUCAGGAGAAAGUUGGCCCCUUGAGCCUGAUGAGAUUCGCAAUCAGUACAAUGAUUAUGCUAAAAUCGAGCGGAUGAAUCACCAGACUGCCCAUCCCAAAUACAAAUUCUCGCCGAGCAAAACAACGGCCCCAGCGCGCAAACGAAAAGGGGAAUUUUCCGAUGAAGAGCCAAGCGACCUGGAAGAUGCCGAGUGGAACCCAGGGCAUAAACGUUCGAGAUAUCGGCCGUCUAGACAACCAGACCAGAGAGUAGGGUACAUGACAAGUGGUUUGGAUAGCGGCUUCUUCGAUUCUACUUUCCGAAACAACGGCGUUGGUGCGAACAAGCCAGGUUGGGAUGCAAGUCACGACGGUCGACCAGUACCCAUGGCUUUGGCUCACGACGACCCAUACAACCAGUAUUACCAAGUUCCUGUACAUGCCGGCAUGGGUAUGAACCAGGCAAUGCUAGAGGAUAUGCGAUUUCGACGCGUCGACUCACCAAGCUUGCAAUUUGCUCCCGACCAAGCAUUGCUGGGACUUCCUGGCGGUACCGCAGUCGAUCUAAUGCAGCAGUUACAUUCUCAAGCAGGAACACCACUUGGAGGAGAGCCCCAGGUUGACCCCAUGCUUUUGGCAUAUGACAGUAGCCAUCACGUUGAGGCCACACCAGCCCAGCAUCCAGAGUUUCGAAACGGCAGUAUGACCAUGUUAGAUAAGGAGUUGGAGCAGCAAAAUACCCAAAGAUAUCUCGACCGGGUUGCGAUAGAGGACGAGUAUCGUCCUGACCCAUGGCAGCCUGAUAGUGGCAUUGGUACCAUAGAAUUGGAGUCGGAAUUCGACAAAUGGGGACUCGUGGGAGAUCAACAGCCUUGA